AUGCCGCAGCGUUCGCCAUUUGCCAUACAAGAGCUGCUCGGCCUGGCCGUUGCGGCGGCAGCAACAACAACAUUGACAAUGGCCGCCGCCUCGCGCAUGGCCUAUUUUAAUGCACACGCUGCGGUGGCCGCUGCAUUUAUGCCACAUCAGCUGGCCGCUGCAGUGCAUCAUCAUCAUCAUCAUCAUCCGCAUCCGCAUUCGCAUCCGCAUCCGCACCACCAUUCGCACCAUCCACACGCAGCGCAUACGCAUCAUACGCAACAGCAGCCGCCGCCGCCGUCGUCGUCAGCAAUGCCAAUGCCACCGCACCACCCGCUGCUGCAUGCGCAGGGAUUUCCGCAACUGAAGAGCUUCAGCGGCACCGGAACAUGUUUACCUGGCUCGUUGGCUGUCAAGGACUUUGGCAUGGAUGGCCUUAACGGUUUUGGUGUUGGUCCCAAUGGCAAGAAGAAGAAAAAGAAGCGUCGCCACAGCCGAACAAUAUUCACCAGCUAUCAGCUGGAGAAGCUGGAGGAAGCCUUCAAGGAGGCGCACUAUCCCGAUGUCUAUGCCCGCGAGAUGCUCUCACUGAAAACGGAACUGCCCGAGGAUCGCAUACAGGUCUGGUUCCAGAAUCGACGGGCCAAAUGGCGCAAGACCGAAAAGGUCUGGGGCGGCAGCACCAUCAUGGCCGAAUAUGGACUAUACGGGGCCAUGGUGAGGCACUCGCUGCCGCUGCCGGAGACGAUACUCAAGUCGGCCAAGGACAACGAUGCGGUGGCACCCUGGCUACUAGGCAUGCAUCGCAAAUCGAUUGAGGCACAAUCCGCGCUCAAGGACGACUCCGGAGUCAGCGAUCACGAGGAUUCGGCCGGCUCAAAGUCAGCGCAUUCGGAUGAGCUGCGCUCGCAUUCGCGCGCGCUCAGCUCCUCGACGGAAUCUUUGAACGUGGUCAGCCCGGCGCCGAGCAGCUGUCCGACAAACGCUUCAACCGCGCCGCCGACAUCAACAACGCCGCACGGCAGCAGCGGCUAUGCGGCUGCCUCAUCGGCGGCCACAACGCCGACGGGCGCCACCACCAACAGCUCCGGCUCGCCGCACAUUGAGCUCAGCUCGCCCUCGCCGCAGCAGACGCAGUUGCUCCAACAGCAACAGCAGCAGCAGCAGCAGCCGGCGCCGCCGCCGCCAGCAACACAGCUCUACUCUGUGGCCACGCCCAGCUAUCAUCCGCUGCUGGAUGCGGCAAAUGCAGCGGGCGCCGGCGCCGCCGCCUCCAGCAAGGAUUUCCAUAUGAUUAUGAACACGGCCGUCGCGGCGGCUGCUGCAGCUGCUCAGCACCAACACCACCAACAGCAGCAGCAGCAGCAGCACCAGCAGCAGCAGCAUCAGUCGGCGCCGACCGCCUUGCCACAUCCCGCACUGCAUGCGCAUCAUCUGUCUGCCGCAGCGGCAGCUGCCGCGCUCAUGGAGCACGAUCCGGAUGCGUUUAGGAACAAUUCGAUAGCCUGUCUGCGCGCCAAGGCGCAGGAGCAUCAGGCGCGACUCCUCAACAAUGGCGGCCUCUUUCUGCAGGUGCGCAGCUUUGCGGCACAGGCCCAGGCCCAGGCUCAGGCUCAGGCGCAGGCACAGGCGCAUGCCCAGUAUCUACAAUCCUGCUGGAUGCUGGCCGAAACUGGAUGA